GGCUCAUGGCGCGGCCCUCGGCAAUAUCUUAUUGGCUGUCAUCUCCGGGGCGGGGCAUUACAGUAGUGACGUCACCGUGGGCUCUGACAUUGAGUAGGGCAGAAGAUGUUGGGCGCAGUGCUCAGGAGCGGCGGCGUGCGCCUAUUGGCUGGGAGAUCAGCGGCGAUCAGGAUAUCACAGGCUCCGGCCCCUCAGGUCCUGGUGAGCGGGAGAUGGUGGUGCAGCAAACCGGAGGGGAACAAAUCCGAAGGUCCCUCCUUGAAGAUUCCCGGUCACCGACCGAGCGACUUCGAGAAGAAGAUCCUGAUCUGGGGCGGACGAUACAAGAACCCGGCUGAGAUCCCUGAACUUGUGUCCUACGAGGCCGUGGACGCUGCCAAGAGCAAAGUGAGAGUCAAGUUCGCAAUCCUGAUGAUGUUCCUGACCAUAAUGGGCUGCGUCCUGAUGGUGAUCUCCGGGAAACAGGCGGCGCGGCAGCAGGAGUCUCUGGCCAAGAUGAACCUGGAGAAGAAGGCGCGGCUGAGGGCCGAACCCGAAAAGUAGUGAUCUGAGGACGCACGGGAACCCACGUGUAGAAUGUAGUGACGUCUGUUCCGCACAUGUGAUCAAAUAUUCUAGGUACUGUAGUCAUGGGGGUCCGGUACACCACAGGAGGGGGUCCGCACAGAAUGGAGCACCACAAGGCCCAGCCGCUCCACCGAACACCUGCAGUAAAAACCCUUCAUCUUCUAGGCUGCCGUGUCGAGGGUCCUGGACCCCCAUGAUGAGGUGUAUGGGUUGGAGAGGCUCCUGCAGUAUUACGUUUUUGGGUAGGGGGCGCUGUGGGGUCUGUCUAUCCUGAUAUUUACGUUGAUCACUGGUUUAUGACUUGUGCAAAAUAAAUGAACCCUUCACCCCAA